AUGCCGGCCGUCACGCGCAGCAAGUCCAGCCGCCGCCCGUCGGACAGCCCUCCGCCUGGUCUGCAAACCACGCCACAAAGACGGCGCCGCAAGAGUAGCAUCACCGCCAACAACAAGACGGAAGCCGACAGCGACAACAACAAGACCGAAAACGAAGACGACCAAACCGGCCAGGCCAUCCAGCUCAACCUCCCCCUCGCCCUCCCGCCGCCCUUCAACCGCCAGAUACUCUCCCUCUGCUUCCACGCCUCCUGGCGCACCCGCCGGCGCCUGCGCAUCCACUUCAGCAACCGCAGCGAGGUGCUUCUCGACGAUGACACCUCUUCUUCUGAUUCCUCCUCCAACCCGGACUCCGAACACCACCACGAUAACCUGACCGUCAUCGACUACGACCCCAUCGCCGUCCCGUCAUACCCCUCUGCCCGGCGCUGGCUCGUCCCCCUGAUCAUCGCAUGCUUCAUCGCCGGAGCCUUCAUCCUUGCCGCCGUCCUGAGCUCCUCCGACCUCCGAUCCAUCAAAAACACACCACUGCCACCGCCGCGCCCACGGCCGAUCACGCUCCGCAACCUCACCACCCUCGUCCACCCCUAUGCCCGCCUCGUCCGCCUCCUCGACACCAGCACCCCCGCCACACCUCUCCCCGCCGUGCAACGCGAGUUCACCGAGCUGUGCACCCUCGGACGCGCCCACGCCAUCCCCGCGGACGUAUGUCAUGAUAUUGUCGAUCUGCUGGACGAUACGAGUGUGCACCUCGCGCGCGUGCUGGUAGGCAUCCGCGCGCGCGCUGGCCCGGGAAAUUUGGUGAGUGCGUUGAGGGAUACGGUGCUUCUCAUGGCGUGGGGGAUCGACACGCAGGCGCAGGAGCAACAGGAACAGGAACAGGAACAGCGGCAUGGGAACGGAGGUGGUGGCGAGGGUGUGUGGAACAGCACGGCCGAGGGCAUCUUCCGCGGUGUGACGGCACAGCUGCCCAACUGGUGGGACGACCACAACGCCCUCGCCGUGCCCUUGCAAUCGGCCCUGGAGUCGCUAAGGCAGGCGAGGGGAAUGGAAGGGGAUGUGCUGGGCGCGUUCAAACUCGCCGUUGGCAGCUUGGACCCGAAUACCUUCCCCGCCGAAGACGUCUUCUACGCAUACGACCGCCUCUUCACCCCCCUCCUCCCGCGCCGCGACGCCCUCCUGACCACGCUCGAGUCCGCGACAAGGAUGCUGGAGGACGCGGCGGGAAGGGUGUACGAGUUCAACGCGACGCUACACGAGAUACGCGCGGAGGCGAAGAAGGGGACACGUGGGGGAUGUGCGUUUGAGGGGUUCGAGGUGUUGCUUGGGCGGGUGAAGGAUGCGCUUGCGGUGCUGGACUAUGAGCUGGAGGCGGUGGGGUCGAGGGAGAGGCAGAGGCUGAGAGAUGGUGAGGGUGGGGAGGAAGAGGCGAGGGAGGUGGAGGAGCGGAGACCGAGGAGGAGGAGGGAGAGGGAUGAGAGGGACAGGGAAGAGAGGGAGAGGGGGAGGAAGGCGUGGUGGAAGCUGUGA